UCCGGAAGCGGAAGUGCACGAAGGUCAGGGUUGGUUUUCAAGAUGGCGGCCUUCAAUGUGUUGGUGUCUGGUUGUGGGCGGCUGUUCCGAGGGCUCCUGGCAGGCCCGGCCAUGACCAGCUGGGCUCGGCCUCCAGUUCGCGGAUUCAGGGAAGUGGUGGAGAUCCAAGAAGGGAAGACAACUAUAGAUGUUCUGCUGCUGAGUCAGUUCAUCCGGCCUCAUGGAGGCAUGCUGCCCAGGAGGAUCACAGGCCUGUGCCAAGAAGAGCACCGCAAGAUUGAGGAGUGUGUGAAGAUGGCCCACCGAGCAGGUCUGUUGCCAAAUCACAGGCCUCGGCUUCCUGAAGGAUUUGUUCCGAAGAGCAAACCCCAGCUAAAUCGGUACCUGACCCGCUGGUCCCCUCGCUCUGUCAAGCCCAUCUACAAUAAAGGCCACCGCUGGAACAAGGUGCGCAUGGCUGUGGGAUCACCCCUCCUGAAAGACAACAUCUCCUACUCAAGAAGGCCUUUGGUGCUGUAUCAUUGACUGAGAGCAGGGCUUUCUGAGAGCCUGGCCAGAACUCUUCCUGUACUCCUGCCCCAUCCCUACCAGGGUGGCCCGGCUCCUGCAACGUGAACAGCAUGAGGGUCAGUGGGACCUCCUUCAGUGCCCUCGGCCUGUCAGCAAGGGCAAACAAAACAGGUCCCUUGGCAGGUGCCGUGGUCUCAUGACUGGCUGGGUCUGUGCUCAGUGCUGGGGGACAGGGGUUUUGCCCAAAGGAAUGUCAUAAACCAGGCUCACGUCUCACCCACUGGGUGCAUAUUCCCUGCUUGGCAAGUGUGGGGAGCUUGGGCUCAUUUUCAGCCAGUUACCGAACUUUGAGUCAUUGAUCUCUAUGAUGGGCCACAUGAAUGCAACUUGAGGGAGGGAGUUCAUGGGCCAAACAGGUUCCCAUCCUCUUUUUUGACAGCUCUUUGUCUUGGGCCUGGGAGGCUGCGAGGAGGAGGGAAGUUGGGCUGCCUGGUCCAUGUGCAGCUCUCAUCUGAGUCCAAGAGCUGCCUUGCUCAAAGGGCUCCUGGCUGUCACCUCCCACAGCCAUUUCCACCUGCCAUUGUCUCCUUAGCACAUUCCAGUCCUCUGCCACUUGGUUUAGAACUAGGUCUCCAGCUCCAUAGGUCUCUCCUCAGAGCCUGGACACCAGAUGGAGGUGGAGAUGAGGGGAAGCAUCAGGACAGAAUAGACAGACAAAUUCACUGAAAUGUAUGAAAAUAAUGUUUACACUCUGCAUAAAAAGUUCCCAGGCUGGCCCCUCCUACAGCAUGAAGGGCAAGUCUAUAUUCUUCUCACCAGUGCCCACGUAGAUGUAGCCACAGUUCUUGGUGCGGGGAGCGUGGUAAAAGGUGAGGCCUGGCCAGAGGAGACUGCGCAGCACCACCAGAGCGUUGCCCCUCUCCAUCUGGAUGCUCCAAGAUCCUGGGGAAAAGGCGAGGCCUGAGCUCUGUGGAGCCAGAGUUUUGUGCAUAUGCAGAGGCCCCAGCUCCUUGGGCUGCCAGGCCCUGGUGCUAAGGUUCUACUGGGAGAAGGGAAGAUGAUUUAAUUAUCCUGGGGUUUUACUCCCCCUGAUUGCCUUUUAGCCAUUUCACUGUUCAUUAAAACCACUUCCAGGGAGAGGGCAAAGGAAAUGAA